AGAAUGUUGAGUUCAAUCAAUUCAGAACGUCGAGAUGGAGCCCAACUCACUCCAGUGGGUCGGCUCACCGUGUGGCUUGCACGGACCUUAUAUUUUUUAUAAGGCUUUUCAAUUCCACCUUGAAGGCAAACCAAGAAUCUUGUCCCUUGGCGACUUUUUCUUUGUAAGAUGUACGCCAAAGGAUCCGAUUUGCAUAGCGGAGCUCCAGCUGUUGUGGGAAGAAAGGACCAGCCGGCAACUUUUAUCCAGCUCGAAACUUUAUUUCCUCCCCGAAGACACUCCCCAGGGCAGAAAUAGCGACCAUGGCGAGGAUGAGGUCAUCGCUGUCUCUGAAAAGGUGAUUGUUAAAUUAGAGGACCUUGUCAAAUGGGCGCAUUCUGAUUUCUCCAAGUGGAGGUGUGGGCUCCGAGCCACUCCAGUGAAAACUGAGGCCUUUGGGAGAAACGGACAGAAGGAGGCUCUGCUCAGGUACAGGCAGUCAACCCUCAACAGUGGGCUCAACUUCAAAGAUGUUCUCAAGGAAAAAGCUGAUCUCGGGGAAGAUGAGGAAGAAACCAACGUGAUUGUGCUCAGUUACCCUCAGUACUGUCGGUACCGGUCCAUGCUUAAACGGAUCCAGGAUAAGCCAUCGUCCAUCCUCACGGACCAGUUCGCGUUAGCCCUGGGGGGCAUCGCAGUGGUCAGCAGAAACCCCCAGAUCCUGUACUGCCGGGAUACCUUUGACCACCCCACUCUGAUAGAAAACGAGAGUGUGUGUGAUGAGUUCGCGCCAAAUCUUAAAGGCAGACCGCGCAAAAAGAAAACAUGUCCCCAGAGAAGAGAUUCCUUCAGUGGCUCAAAAGACCCCAACAAUAACUGUGACGGUAAAGUUAUCAGCAAGGUGAAAGGAGAGGCCAGGUCAGCCUUGACCAAGCCGAAGAAUAACCACAAUAACUGUAAAAAAACCUCAAAUGAAGAAAAGCCAAAGCUGUCUAUUGGCGAAGAAUGCAGGGCAGAUGAACAAGCCUUCUUAGUGGCCCUGUAUAAAUACAUGAAAGAAAGAAAAACGCCCAUCGAGCGAAUUCCCUACUUGGGUUUCAAACAGAUUAACCUUUGGACUAUGUUUCAAGCUGCUCAAAAACUGGGAGGAUAUGAAACAAUAACAGCCCGCCGUCAGUGGAAACAUAUUUAUGACGAGUUAGGUGGUAAUCCUGGGAGCACCAGUGCGGCCACCUGUACUCGCAGACACUACGAAAGGUUAAUCCUGCCAUACGAAAGAUUUAUUAAGGGAGAAGAAGAUAAGCCUCUGCCGCCAAUCAAACCUCGGAAACAGGAAAACAAUACGCAGGAAAAUGAGAAUAAAACAAAAGUCUCGGGAAACAAACGUAUCAAACAGGAAAUGGCCAAAAACAAGAAAGAAAAAGAGAACACCCCCAAACCCCAAGAUACAUCUGAGGUUUCGUCGGAGCAAAGGAAGGAAGAAGAAACGUUAAGCCACAAGAGCAGCCCCGAGCCUCUCCCUGCUCCUGAAGUAAAGAAGAAACCAGAAGGGCACAAGGAUCUUGGAGCGAGGGCCCCAGUGUCCAGAGCAGACCCAGAAAAGGGCAAUGAAACUGACCAGGGUUCCAACAGCGAGAAAGAGGCCGAGGAGAUGGGAGAUAAGGGCCUUGCCCCUCUGCUUCCAAGCCCUCCCUUGCCUCCUGAAAAAGAUUCAGCUCCUACUCCUGGGGCUGGCAAACAGCCCCUUGCCUCUCCCAGCACCCAGAUGGACUCAAAGCAAGAAGCCAAACCCUGCUGCUUUACAGAGAGCCCUGAGAAGGACCUCCAAGAAGCACCCUUCUCCAGCUUCUCCGCCACCAAGCCGCCACCACUGGCAAGCCAGAACGAGGCAGAGGAAGAGCAGCUCCCUGCCACGGCCAAUUACAUUGCCAACUGCACUGUGAAGGUGGACCAGCUGGGCAGUGACGACAUCCACACUGCCCUCAAGCAGACCCCGAAGGUCCUUGUGGUCCAAUCAUUUGACAUGUUCAAAGACAAAGACUUGACCGGCCCCAUGAAUGAGAACCAUGGACUUAACUACACGCCCCUGCUUUACUCCCGGGGCAACCCCGGUAUCAUGUCCCCAUUGGCUAAGAAAAAGCUUUUGUCUCAGGUGAGUGGGGCCAGCCUCUCCAGCAGCUAUCCCUAUGGCUCCCCGCCCCCUUUGAUCAGCAAAAAGAAACUCAUUGCCAGGGAAGACCUGUGCUCGGGUUUGUCCCAGGGCCACCACAGCCAAAGCUCUGACCACACGGCCGUCAGCCGGCCAUCCGUAAUCCAACAUGUUCAGAGCUUCAAAAACAAGGCCUCCGAAGACAGAAAGAGCAUCAACGACAUCUUCAAGCACGACAAAAUGAGCCGGUCCGAUGCUCAUCGAUGUGGCUUCUCCAAGCACCAGCUCGGCUCCCUGGCAGACUCCUACAUCCUCAAACAAGAGACGCAGGAGGGCAAGGAUAAACUGUUAGAGAAGAGAGCCGUCUCCCACGCCCACGUGCCCAGUUUCCUGGCUGACUUCUACUCAUCCCCGCAUCUCCAUAGCCUCUACCGGCACACAGAGCACCAUCUUCAUAACGAACAGUCCUCCAAGUAUGCCGCUAGGGACGCGUACCAGGAAUCCGAAAACGGCGCCUUUCUUUCUCACAAGCACCCGGAGAAGAUCCACGUCAAUUAUCUUGCUUCUCGCCACCUGCAAGAUAAGAAAGUGGCAGCGGCAGAAGCCUCUACCGAGGAUCAACCCACAGAUCUGAGCCUUCCCAAGAACCCACAUAAACUAACCAGCAAAGUCCUGGGCCUGGCCCACUCCGCCUCGGGGUCCCAGGAGAUCAAAGGCACCUCCCAGUUCCAGGUCGUCAGCAACCAGAGUCGAGACUGUCAUCCCAAAGCCUGCCGGGUAUCGCCCAUGACCAUGUCGGGCCCUAAGAAAUACCCCGAGUCACUUGCAAGGUCAGGAAAGCCUCACCAGGUGAGACUGGAGAACUUCAGGAAAAUGGAAGGCAUGGUCCAUCCCAUCCUGCACCGGAAGAUGAGCCCGCAGAACAUUGGAGCUGCUCGCCCCAUAAAGCGCAGCCUGGAGGAUUUAGAUCUGGUGAUCGCCGGGAAAAAGGCCAGGGCUGUGUCUCCCUUGGACCCAGCCAAGGAGGCUUCUGGGAAAGAAAAGGCCUCUGAACAGGAGAGCGAGGGCAACAAAGGCGCCUACGGUGGGCAUUCUGGAGCUGCCUCGGAAGGGCACAAGCUCCCGCUCUCCACCCCUAUCUUCCCGGCUUUGUAUUCUGGGAGCCUGUGUAAUUCAGGCCUCAACUCCAGGCUCCCGGCCGGGUACUCCCAUUCUCUGCAGUACUUGAAGAACCAGACGGUGCUUUCUCCUCUCAUGCAACCCCUGGCUUUCCACUCGCUCGUGAUGCAGAGAGGAAUUUUUACAUCGCCGACAAAUUCUCAGCAGCUGUACAGACACUUGGCCACAGCCACCCCUGUAGGAAGUUCCUACGGGGACCUGUUGCACAACAGCAUCUACCCAUUAGCUGGUAUCAACCCUCAGGCUGCCUUCCCGUCUUCUCAGCUGUCAUCCGUACACCCCAGCACAAAACUGUAAGCCUCGCUGUGCCCAGCAUCCCCAAAUGGUGUGGUCCAUUGCACCAACUCUUGGAGGGGCUGGCUUGCAAAGUUGGAAGUCAGUAUUCCUUCUGAUCUGGUUUCGUCCCAGCCAUAGAGUUGUACAUACCUACCUUUUCGGGGACAACCCUAGCCUGACUGGCCAGUUGUGACCUCUCCCUUCCAACACAGAUGGCCUAGGGCCUGGGGGUCAUUGUCUUUUCACGUUGGUCUUGUGAAGGUAUCUGUGGUCUAUCCCAGAAGAACGCAGAGGACCCCAUCUGAGUUUGGAUGGUAAGGAAGCAACUUGAGCAUAAAGUUGUGGUGGGGGCGGGGGAGGCAGGCUUUUCAAAGGCAAGGGCAAGAAAGACUGGCACAUAAUAGCCAGGGGACGCCCUGUCAUCAAACUCACCAAGUUCAAUCAAUGCAAUGUAUAGUAAAACUUAAAGAGACCUUUCAUUCUGACACUAUUAAACAAUCCAGAGAAGGAAACACUGUUAAACUGUAUAUAUUCGCUUCUUAAAGCUACCCGUAUCACUGUUGGCUCACCUAAUUUACAUACAGGUAGUUGUGUUUCCCUCCCGGUUCCUUCUUAUUCCUGCCCUCGGGUAUUUUUUUUUUUUUUUUGGUUUGUGUAUCUGUUUGUUUAUCUGUUUGUUUUUUAAUUAAACAGCAUCCCUUCUGUUUGUAGGUCUUUUGUUUUGAUUUGUUUUGUUCUGUUUAUAAGGCUGACUGAUUCUUCUAGUUGUCCAUGUGUAGUCUAUCGACCCCACCCCAGCCCCCCGCCCCCACCACAUCUUCUUUUGAGCAGCUUUGGGUGGUCAAGUUAUUGUUUACAAAUUGAAGCAACUGAUUUUAGUGGAACAGACUGUAAAGAACACCUCCCCCCCCCCUCCUCCCCGGAGAACACAAGCUAGCUUAAAGCCUGUGCCUUUGUGGGUCUGCGCCUGGAGGAUUCUGCCCUCUUAAGUGGGAUGGCUAUCUGAAAGAGUUUAGAUACUGCUUCCCCCAGCCAAAUGCUUUGCUUUGAAGUAUUGGAUUAUGUGAAAAUAUUAAGCAUUGCACUCACCUUAUCUAGGCUGUGAACCCGUCCUACAUACCAGAGAAUUCAGAAAACAAAAACCUUGUUGGUGAAAAGCCACUGAGUGGACCCCACUUCAUGGGCUGAGGAGAGGUUUCAGGAGUUUCAAAACUUAGGACAAGAGCCAGGGUAACUCAUGCCAGUGCUGGAACAGCACCUUUCAAAUGGUCUGCAGAAAGGGGACUUGGGAAAGGGUAGUGUGUAACUCCCAAUGUCUGACCACUGGGCUACCCAGCCAGGCCUUGGCCCAUCAAGAGACAGGGUGAUUGCCAUCAUCAGAUGGCUUCUUGGGUUUCCUAGUCAGAUUCUCCCAAGGAGACAUCUUUGAGGAAUAAUUGGAUGACCUGUUUGUAAAAGAAAGCCAUCUUCUUGGGUGUCUAGGGCCUGGGUCUGAUGAGUAUUUGUCCCCGUAAAGUGGUUUGUAUCAAGUUUUUCACCACUUGGCCAUACUAUCUGCUUUGGAGGUCUUUUGACUGGCACUCUUUGACAACGAUUCCAUUUGCUCCCAAAGCACAAAAUCUGCUACGUGUAGCAAGUGCAUCCUUCGAGUGGAUUCUUGUUCCCAUCCGCACACAACCCUGGUGAAAACUUCUUUGAUGAAGUCCGCAGCCCUCUGCCCUCUUCUCCACCAACGCCAGUAGACUAUAGGACCAUAGUUAACCAAGUCUCUCUCUCUCUCUUUUUUUUUUUUACCUCUGACAUAUUUAAGUCUAUGAAACUUGAUGACGGUUUUCAACAUCUCUGAAUAGGUAACUGAACUACAAAAAUAAUCAAAACCAGUGACCGUGAAUCUACGGCUCUUAACGCAAAGCCAUGCAUGCCAUUCGUUCUUAUUGAAAUGUCCUCAUGAUAUGAAGCCAAAUAGUCCAUGUAGUAACAUGCUAUCCAAAGGUGGAAACAAAAGAAUGUAGCGACCCAGUGUUAAGAGUUCCAUUCGCUUCAAUUAAUUAUUUACCUUCCUGUGGAAUAAUAUAUAUAAAUAUAUAUUAUAUAUUUAAUAGGACCAUAGAUAGAUUAGUAUAACUUAGCUCAUAAAUGUGCACAUGCAGAAUAUUCUGCUGUUGUUGCACAAGAAAAAGGGUGUGUGUGUUGGGGGUGGGUCUCAAUUCCAGCCAGCAUGAUACUGGCUAGGACACAGUAUGAAAAAGUGACGCUAGAUUGAAUAGCCACAGAAUCAGAAGAGGAGAAAAGGAACCAGGGAUUCUAUAGCAGACAUGGGCUGGAUCCAUACAUGGUCCCUGUGAGUUCAUCUCUCAAUGCAAAACGGCGAUGUCUGUCCCCACACAAAAAAACCCACCACCACAAGCUCACCCAUUUGUAAGAUGGGGCGACUGAUUUCCUCAGUGCGGUGAUUUGUGAUGUGUUCGCCAAGUAGGAAUUCAAUCACGCCAUUUUCAAACAAUGUCAACAUAUCCAGCUAUUUUUUUUUCUCAUCUCUUCUGAGAGAAGACUCGCUAUUUCUGUUGUAGGGAGCUCGGACCCUCCGUGAAACAUCAGGACCAAUGCAAAGACCUGGGGGCCAAGGGGGGGGGUGGUUAAUCUCCCAGUAGAAGUGGUGUGUUAUUUGUUUUCAAACUCCAAACGGAGAUCUUGGAGAUCUUUCAAAAAGACCAUUGAAUUUCUCAUUGGCUGAGAAGGACAUUUUUUAAAAGUCUUAAAUCUGGCUUUGUUUGCAUUGUUUGAGUUCAAGGGGCCUUAUUAUUGAAUGGCGUUGCACAAGCCUUUCUUUUUUGCAAGCAAACCAUUGUUAUUAGUUAUUCUGUAAAGGAAAUUGUGGAAUCCAAUUGGCACCGGAGUCCUAAAUCCAUUUACCAAGUGCGGCUUCCGAGAAAUGUUGCAAUUCAAAAUGCACCAAGCCCGUGAAUUUGUUGGGGGAUUUGAAGAUUCUAAAUAAUAUUUAAAAAGAUGUCAUCUCUAGACAACUUUGGAGGUCUCAGUUUUGGAAAUUCAACUUAAAAAAUAAGAUAGAAAGUAAAAAUAAAAAUACCAUAACAGCCCAACCAAGCGUUAGGCUUAAAGUAUUUUUUUCUUAGUAACUGAUUCAAACAUGUAGCAUUUGCCACAGGUCAGACAGGUUUAUUUCCUAGCUAGAAGCUCCCGGCUUUACUUGUUCAUCAGGACAUCUAUAGAAGGGUUUGUCUCAGUGUUGAGCUUACCCAGCUUCGCCCUCUGGUGCAUGACUCCUUGGGUCCUGUAUUUCACUGUGUCGGUGUGUCUGAUGGAAGUUUCAAGGUGGUCCCACGAAAUAUAUUUUAUGUAGUGUGCCUUCAAAGAGAACCAUUUAUCUCUCUUCUCGUGUUGUCCCACUAAGUCACAUUUGGUGGUGGCCAGCCAAGUCCCGUGUGGUCUAGUCUGACUCAUUAUCCUGGGCUAAGAAAGGAACGGGAAUGGUUUUGCCCCAGUGAGACCCACACCACUGGAGCAGGGACUUUGAGCAUCUCCGCUCCAGUGUUGACUGUUGAUGUAUUUGAUAUUCUGCUUAUCUCCCUAUGGCGGAAAGAACUCUGAAAAAAAAAAUAGCAGCGUAAUCUCUUGGCUGUUUAUACUUUUUUAAACUUCCCUGUGUUGUAAAUAUUGUACACUCUGAGUAACCCCAGCUAUGUAACCUUGAUGCUCUGUAAGGUGAUAUUUGUAUAUAGCAACCUGGCCCAGUGAUGUUAUAUAAUUUCCCAAUGGAGAGGUUAUUGAGUAGCCUUGGCCUCUAGUUUUAAACACUACCAGAAGAAUGCUGAGCCAACUAUAAACACUCAAUUUUUGUAUGUUUUCCAAAUUGUACUUAUUACCGCUUUUGAUACUGUAUUCUGUGCCAAUGGUUUCCCAAUCACAUAGCAGGCAAGAGAUAUUUUGUACUUUUUGAUCCACUGUAAUAUUUAAUAAAAAAUGUUACUAUCUGUUUCCUUUGGGAGUGUCUGUCUCUUAUUCCUGGGGAGCUUUGUGGCCAGAGCAGAGGACUUCCAGUCU